ACAAACCAUGUAAACAACAGAAACCAUAACACAAAGAACACCAGUUUUUUAUUUGGCCUACUGUAUUAACAGCUUUUAGUGAGUCCUGGUAGCGACAGAGUUAAAAAUGAAAGCAAACAUUGCAGACAUUCAUAAUGAAAGUGAAAGCUUUCUGUUUUUCUGAAGUUAGUCUGCGGAUUCUGAAGCAAGCAGUCGACGUCAAUAAGCUGAACUGAACAAACACACAACCUGAAAAAGCAAACAGAUAACAUGAAGAUUGAACAGUCCAGUACAGAAUCUGACACAGCAUCUGAAAUUCAAAAUCAGAAUAUCGGGAACGGUGAAGUGCAAAAUGAACAAAAAGCCUCUGAUGGAACACUCGCUGAUAGUGCAGAUGACAUGGAAGUAGAACCAGAAAAGAUGACAGACAUCUUUUUAGGAAAUAAGGUUUUUGUUCUUGUCACUGGAAAUACAUUAAAUGUUGAUAAGAAAUUCAUGGAACAUCUUAAACAACAAAAAACAGAUCUGCAGGAGGUGAAAAAUGUAGCUGAGUGCGAUUACGUUCUGGUUUUCUGUCCUAUUGUGUCACGAGCUGGAACCGACAUUGAAGCGGCAUUGAAAAAGCUUCAGGAUAUUGCAGGUUCCAAACCUGCUCUUCUAGUGGUGCUCCAUCACACGUUUGAUAAAGAUUAUGUUGUACCAGACAGCAGCAGAGCUGUAAAAAGGAAGAAGUCACUCACAGUAGACUGUCUGUUCCAUGAAGAUCAAGGAUUACUUCAGUGUACAAAAAAUGAUGAAUCACUGGCAAAAAUUCUAAGCAUUAUAAAACCCAAGGGGUCAACUUGGAAUAUUCUAAAUCUGGAUUUUAACAUAUUAAAUUUGUCGUCUUGGUUUUCAAAUGGCAAUGAGGUCCAAAGCCAGAGUAAAGAUCCAGAAACAAAUGAGAAAGAUUCUGUUCAGAGGAUUUUUGUAUUAUGGAGAAAUGACGCUUGGAUAGAUUCACCAAAAAACAUCAUCCUAAGGAGAGACGAGAUAAACCAGGCUGAUGCAUCUGAAGCUUUCACUGUCAUCCAGGAGAAUGAGAGCAUGGUGGAGGAUGUGGCUGGGAGAAAGAUGACUGUUGAGGAGAUCCCUGACUUUUUCUCAGCUAAACUGUCUAAGGAGAAAAUUAGAAAGGCUGUCGAAGAUGCUAUCGAUCUGUCUAAGCCCGGACCCCAUGCCUUCCUCCUGAUAAUACCUGUAAAGCUUUCAGAAGACAACAAAGUUAUUGUAGAGGAUUUAAAAGUUACUUUCUUAAAGAUGGAAGAGAUCUUUGGAGAGAGAUUCUUGAAACACACCAUGAUCAUAUUCAGUAUUAGUAAUGAAUCUCUGAAGAAGAAGAUUGAGGAGUUUAUCCAAUCAGGAGACCAGGAGGUCCAGACACUUGUACAGAAAUGUGAGUACAAGUAUGACAUUCUCAUGACUAAGGACAAUGAAGUUAGUCCUCAGAAUCUGCUGGAGAUGAUAGAGAAGAUGGAAGGUGGAAACAUAAAGGACUUCUACAGUAGUCAGGUUUAUCUGAAGACUAUAGCUUCGAUUGGAGGGAUUGAGAAAAAGAUCAACAAUGAACUAGAGAAUCUAGAAAAGAAGAACAAAGGAGAAACAAAGAGAAAGAGAAAUGCUGAGCAAGAAGAGACAGAGCAAAGUCCAAAAAAGGUGAAAGUUGAUGAAGAACCAAAUGAUAUGACGGUUAUACCGAAAGUGCAUGAAGAGUGUUCAGAGACAGAGAGAAACAAAAUGAAGACCUUCCUCUCUGGACUCUGGAGAAAUAUUUUGAAUUCUAGCAUGAAGAUGCAAGAGGAGAUUGAAGGAAAGGAUAGACAGAUCAAGGAAGACAAUAAAAUCUAUAGAGAAUUGCUUGACAAUUUUCUUUUUCCUGACGAAUCUAAAAGUCCAGGAAUGUAAAUCCUCUUUUCUUCCUUUUUCCUAUUCCAAUUAAUUGUAUUCCUGGUUUGUAAUGCUAAAUAGUAAUAAUAACAAAUAGAUUGCAGCUUAUUUGUAGUAGAUAAUGAGUAAUCAUUGUAUUUUACUGUCACUGUCAGAUGUUUUAGCUUUGCCUUGCACUAAAGCUCUAUAGAUUAGAAAAUGCUACCAGUUCAGCCCUGAAUACAUUACAUGAUAUUUCUCUUGUGAUAAGUCACUCUGUAUCUCAUUAUAUACCGCUUAAAAAAUGCUUAUAAACACCUUCAUUUGUCUAUUGUGAUGUAAAAUCCUACAUAUAUGAAUUCUGUUUCCAAACGUUGUCUCCCCGUCCAUCUCGUACUCUCCAAAGCUCUUGCCUUUGCAAUAUACUAAAGUCUGUAUUGGAUAUUGAAUAAGUUUAAAAUAAACAGAAACUGUAAAAAAAAAUAAAUUAAAAAUGUGUUACUUUUGCAUGUUCAUAAAUUUGCAGUUAUGAUAUUAAAGGAUAAUGCUCCAAAA